AUGCAGUUUACCGUGAUGCCAGAGCUCCCAUCGCUUCUCGCGCCCGAAAUUGUAGCCAAAACGGACCAAUCCAUUACAUUGCGUGUAAAACAAUUACCGAAUGGCAAUGAAGAAGCGCAGUACAAACUGCAAGCGAGCUACAGUGAGCAUGGUUACGUCUAUUACUCGUGGAUUGACUCUGUAACCUUUUCUAGUACUUUAUUCCCUGUCAAGGGGCUCAAGCCCAACACGACGUAUGUGUUCCGUGUACGCGUGGUGGACGAGAUUAAAUGCCAGUGUGGUGAGUGGUCGCCACUGACGCCUAAUACGCGCACUUUUACAGAAGAAGAGGAUGCUAAGCGAUCGGGCACUGUAUUUGAACAUGCGCUGAAAUUGGAGCGUGAGCAGAAGAGUAUUUUAAAAGGUCAGAUUUCGAAACUUACGGACAUUUUAGAGGAACGCAAGGUUGCGCGUGAAAGUGAGAAUAGAGUACAACAACAUGAAGAUAUGCUUGCUAGUCGCCGUAUCAUCGAUUCAAGACUUUCAAAGUUACAACAGGAGCUAAGUAUGCAGACGAUAGCGCUACAGACAGUCAAAAGUCAACGAGCAGCAGAUGAAUUGAUGAUUUCAGAACUUUUGAAUGAGCAGGAAAAGCUACGAGCUGCGCAAAUUGAGCAACAAGGACAAGUACAGUAUGAAUUGGAAAUGCAGACCUUGCGUGAACGGCUAGAAAUGAACGAAGAAGCGCUUCGUAAGCACCAAGAGCAAGUAAAUGCCAGUCACGAGCAGAUAAUGAAGUAUGAAGCUUCAUUGGAGGCUAAAAAAAGCGAAAUUACUCAAAAAGAGGAAGAAGUUGAGAGAAUAAUGGCCGACUGUAAUCGUAUGGUGCAGGAACAAGCAGAUCUGGCUCAUGUGAAACAGCUCGAAGUAGAAGAUGCUCUGCUGGAAGCCAAGACAUCUUUGGAGCAACAAUUGGAUAUCAAUACGUAUUUGCGGGAUGAGGUGUCGCGACUUCGAGAAGAGAAUCAUCAUUUGAAGAAUCAAAUUGAGGAAGUGGAUUCGGAAAUUGUACCGAAGCUGGUACGUUUAGAGGAUGAAAAUGAGCAGCUUCGCGCACAGCUGUGUCGACGGUAG